CGCUUUAAAAGAUUUCUUAACAGAUGUUCUUCGAGAUGCAGUUUCUUAUGUUGAAUAUGAACGAAAGAAAACUGUUACUGUAAUGGAGAUAUUAUUGGCUCUUAAAAGACGAGGGAAAACAAUCUAUGGAUUUGAUCAUGAAAUCCGAG